GGGAACACAUGUUGAAGAAAGAGAAGCAUAUGUACGUCUAAGGAAGAGGGUAACGAGAGAGAUUUAGAGAGAGAAGGAGAAGGAGAAGGAGGGCUCAAACCCUAGCAGCCAAGCUUCCUUUUGCAAGAAGUCACUCGUAAAGAUCUCCAUGGAAGAGCUCUAGUAGGAGGUUGAGAUUCAAGCUCAUUGGAUCUUCGUCUUCAAGGUUUCAAAGAAAAUAGUGUGGAGGAACAAGUUUCAAAGCGUCUUCAUAUGAGGAAAUUUUGGGGUUUUCUUAUGAGACUAUAUAUACACAUUGUAGUCAAGGAUUGAAACCGUAAGGUUCAUUUGAAAGUGAAAAUUGUAUAAGGACUUCGUAAAUAUUGCUUUCGCUCAACCCGAGGGACACCCCGACAAAACGACAAAAACGACACCAAAUUACUGUAACCAAUCAGAAACCGUGGCUUAAGCAAUAGCGCAUUGCGGGCCUGAAGUAGGGCAUGGAAUCCAACUAAUAUUCUGGGCCCACCAACGAAGCCCACGGAAUCAAACGUCAUCAACGGUUCCUUCAGCGCCACGCCAGAUCACUCCCGCAUAGCGUAGCGCAAUGUUAUAAGUAGCCCACCCCUCCUUUCCCCUCCACUCCCGUCCUUCAGGAUCGUCAAUCUAGUUGUACCGGUUCAUCGCUCCUUCGCUGGGAAGCGAUGACUCCAUUCGCCGCCGGUAUUGUCGCUUUUGUACUAUUCGCCCACUCCUAUUUGGCGUCUGCGAUCCGGGACCCCGCUGGAGACGGCCUCAUCAGGUUGCCGUCUGAAGCUUCUAGGUUCUUCCAUGGUGGUAGAAAUGAUGCUGACGAGACGAGCGAUGAGGGCUCUGUGGGGACCAGAUGGGCUGUUCUGAUUGCUGGUUCGUCUGGCUACUGGAAUUACAGGCAUCAGUCUGAUGUUUGUCAUGCCUAUCAAAUCUUGAAGAAAGGUGGGCUGAAAGAUGAAAACAUCAUUGUCUUUAUGUAUGAUGAUAUUGCUUUUAAUGAAGAGAACCCUAGGCCUGGAGUCAUCAUUAAUAAUCCACAAGGUGCCGAUGUUUAUGAAGGAGUUCCAAAGGAUUAUAUUGGAGAAGAUGUUACAGUUGGCAACUUUUUAGCUGUUCUCCUUGGAAACAAAACUGCACUUACGGGGGGUAGCGGGAAGGUUGUGGAUAGUGGUCCAGAAGAUCACAUAUUUGUAUACUAUACUGACCAUGGUGGUCCGGGGGUACUUGGGAUGCCAACUGGUCCUUACCUUUAUGCCAAAGAUUUGAUAGAUGUCUUGAAAAAGAAGCACGCUGCUGGAACUUAUCAGAGUCUGGUGUUUUAUCUUGAAGCUUGUGAAUCUGGAAGUAUAUUUGAGGGUCUUCUUCCAGAAGGUUUAAAUAUAUAUGCAACUACAGCCUCUAAUGCAGUAGAAAGCAGUUGGGGAACCUAUUGCCCUGGCGAGUCUCCUAGUCCUCCCCCAGAAUAUGAUACUUGUUUGGGGGACUUGUACAGUGUUGCCUGGAUGGAGGACAGUGACAUACACAAUCUGAAAACGGAAACUUUGCAUCAGCAGUAUGAACUGGUUAAGAAGAGAACUGCAGAUCCCCACUCAUAUUAUACCUCACAUGUAAUGCAAUAUGGUGACAUUGGGCUUAGCAAGGAUGAUCUUUUCCAGUAUAUUGGUACAAAUCCUGCAAAUGAGAACUACACUUUUGUGAAUGAGAAUUCGUUACAUUCACCUUCAAAAGCUGUUAACCAGCGUGAUGCUGAUCUCCUCCAUUUUUGGGACAAGUAUCGCAAGGCCCCCGAAGGUUCUCCUAGGAAAACUAAAGCUCAAAAGGAAUUUCUAGAAGCAAUAUCGCACAGAAUGCACAUAGACGAGACCCUGACACUAGUUGGAAAGCUUUUAUUUGGAAUUGAAAGAGGUCCUGAGGUGAUGGGCACAGUUCGGCCUGCAGGGCAACCCCUUGUCGAUGACUGGGACUGCCUCAAAACACUGGUGAGGACUUUUGAGACACAUUGUGGAUCCCUAUCCCAGUACGGGAUGAAACACAUGCGUUCCUUUGCUAACAUAUGUAAUGCUGGAAUUCAAAUGGAGCAUAUGGCUGAGGCCUCUGCCCAAGCCUGCAUCAGCAUUCCCUCUGGUCGCUGGAGCUCUCUUUAUGGGGGGUUUAGUGCAUGAUUGCGGUACAAAAUGCAAACCAAACCAUUGAUACUUUAUAUUUUGAUUGCUAUCUCCUAUAUACUGAAAUAUAUUGGCAUUUUCCUAGGCUUGUUUCUUUUGAUUGCUUCAGUUCAGUGUAAAUACCAGCGCAGAAGGAUGUCUCGAUACUCUAUGAAGGGGUGCAAUGUAACUAUUUUACUACUAAGUGUGUGCAUGGCAAUGCAUCCUUUGUAAUUUGUGUAUAUAUACAUACAAAUCAACCUAUUUAAGGUAGUGUUGAGUAUUACAGACUGGUCUGGUCAUUGCAAAUUUACAAUGUUGGUCGAUUAAUCAUGUAUUAUUUCAUGCAUCAAUCCAGUUAGAGGAAUGUGAUGCAUAAUAAAAAUACAGACUAAAUAAUCUUUGUGUGUGAGAUGAAAAGGAAAAUAUUUAUCGGAUACUUUCUUCUAUUAUGUUUUGUAUGUAGUUGAUGUUAUAUUUUUUCUUGCGUGAUGCAUUUCAUUCACACGCUCGCACAGAUGUGUAUGGGGUGCUGUUGCGUGAACUUCCAUGAGUCUGAAUUGUUUUUCAGUCCAAGCGUACUGUUUGGAUUGUAAAAAAAUAUUUCAACGUCAACUGAAUGGGAAGACGAUCGCCAUGCUCAACUCGUAUUUAGGCCAUCCUUAUAGUUAACGGGCUAAUGUGGCUAGGGUGCUUGACAAUUGAAAAAUUCAGGUCAUGAGAUUAUUAGUUAGAUUGGUCAUGAGACAAAACCCCCUUGGAACAUCUCAUGCAUGGCAGAAUACUCCUACCCGCUGAAUUUUUUCUUCACGUGCUAAUUUUGCAAUACAUGAACAUGAUUAUUAUGCUGUAAUAUCUCGUAUAUUAUUGGAUUAAUAUUUUUCUAUAAUUAUCACGUUGUCCCACUUGCUUGAAGUAAAUUUUUUUUCUAUAAAUAAUUUAUCUUUUAUAUAAGAAAAUUUUGACUUUUACUAGAUAGAAUUUAAAUUCUUAUCUAUUGGCUUAUUUGGUGACUGGAAAGUAUCUCUUUAACUGUCUAGUUGAUUAGUGAAAAUUUGAAUCGGUCUCUUAGUAUAUUUAUUACAAAUUUAAUUUGAGAUUUGUCGUGUACUUUGAUGAGUGAUUUGAAGAGUCGUAGUAAAUUGCAUAUUCGCUCGAAAAGGGAUGCUUCUCUAAAUAUUGUUGAUUUUAAAUUGUUAUUAAGGAGAGUGGAAUCAAUCAAAUACUCGCAUCUUCUACACAAGGCUCUUAUACUUUGUGCUUCAUCUCUCUUUAACAAGUUGACUUACUUGCUUCGCUAAAAUGGAAACCUUGUUUAAAAUGUUAUAGUGAAUUGUGGAUUUAUCUUAAAUCAUUAAUUGGGCUACUAUAAUGACUUUGUAGGGAAUUCACUAGCAAUGCAAGCUUUUGGAAGCAAAUUGGAUCUAUUACAUGUUGGAAAUAUCUUCGCACAUUUCCAAAUGAAGACUUUGUGUCUCCCAAGAAAACUUAAUAUUUGAUGUUGGAAAUAUUUCCGUACUUUUUCAAAUGGAGACUCUGUCCCUUCAGAGAGAGUUUAUGUAUUGAUUCCAAAGGAAAUAUAAUGUAGCCCAAUGACCUGAAUAAAGUUGUUUACAUUAUAUA